UUUCUGUUUUUCCAGAUCAAAGACGUCACCCGAGCAAUCAAGAAAGCGGUCGUUGCCGGGACGUUAGAUGAGGUUCGAUCUAAAGCGGCGGAAAAGUUUGGCCGAGCCGAGCUGCCCAACAUUCACCUGGACUCGGAUGGGACCGAGGUGGACGAUGAAGAUUACUUCCAGACGCUGGAAGCCAAUGCAGAGCUUAUAGUGGUGUUUCCCGGGGAACAGUGGAUCGAUCCCACGCACUACGUAACGAUCACGACCCGGCGGGAAUCCGGAGACAUCACCGACAGCCCGGAAGUGGAACGGAUACACCUGAAGAAGCUAGUGGCCCAGAUGAAAUCCAACCUGUGCAACGUGUCGGUGCUGAGCGAACCGGAUCUGGAGCUACUCUCCAACAUGGACCCCAAUUCGGUGGCCGACAUCACCGGGCGCGAUUUCAUCGAACAGCUCAAGGAAGCCUCAGGCAGAAUCCUGCAUGAAAAGCGACAGGCACUUGACGCAAUUGAGCUGCUAAAGCUGAUCGCGAAACAGAAAGCCCCCCUGCCGAGUGUCGUCCACAACAUCCCGGGGGGCGGCGAUCCGCCUGAAAGAGAUGAUGAUGACACCGAAGAGGACAACAGCCUGCUGCUAGACGAUCGCAGCGGAAGCAGUAGCUUGAUACUGGGCAGUAUUGUUGGCGGUGGAGGUGGAAGUCCCAUUGCCCCGGAUGAGGUGGAUCAUAAAAGCUGCGGUGGAUCAGCAGCAGCUGCGGCGAAUGGCCCAAUGAUCGGUGGUAAGCAAAUAACCCUAGAAUUGGAUCCCCAAACGUUAGUUUCCCUGCAGCAGCACCUACACCAGCAACAACAGCAGCAGCAGCAACAAAAACAACCACAACCCGCAGAUCUUGGAGGAAAUGCUUCCUGCUCGGCGGAUUCGAGCACCCGGAGCGAUGCAUCCAACAUUUGAUAUACGGUUUAUCAGGUCAAUUUCUGUCACAAGUAAGAAAACCUCUUUUUUACUGCUUUCAAAAUUUGUUGUAGGGUGCGUAAAAUCGAAAAAAGCGACCCACUUUUAAAGUGAUCGUUCAAAUCAAAACUGGAAACACUUGUUGUAAAAUUAUUGUUGGAAGUAAUGGCACUUUGCAAAGCUUGGUGCCCGUUUUGUAUUGACGUAAGAAAAGUGUUUAGACGAACAAAAAAGUGGUCCUAAACAGUCUCGAACCCACCCAAACUAUAUGAUGUUCGAAAUCGAGAGAGAGCACCUCGAACGUGUUCUCCGGGACUGUUUAGGGAAAGUCGAAUGUUUUUGUAAGUAACCAAAAUCUGAUUGGAAAUCUCUGAUCUCACAGAAUGAAAGAAAAACUUAGCUUGGCGAGUGUUGUAACGGAGGCACAUUUGCAGAGACGACGACAACAAAAAAAAGCCGUAAUCAAACAGCAAAAAUUCGGGAUGAUCUCUAGUUAAUCGAGCACAUUUGUAAAAUAAAUCUCUGCCCAUAACGAGUUGCCUUAAUUUAGUUGAGUAUGACGUUAACAUACCGGAGCGAGGGAGAGAUAGCGGGUUGAGGUUGAACCUCAGCCUCAGCCUUUUAGGACCAGUUCGCAAAUGAUUUCGAAGGGUUUGAACUUACUGCGAACUUACUACGUCUUUGAUUGUGUGAGGUUUGACUUUUUUAACAUAACAGCCUUUUAGAUAACAUUAAGAAUACAUAUGCAACUCUCUGAAGCGUCUGUUUUCUUAUCCAAUGCAAACUUUGUAAAACAAAUUUCUCAAUUGAUGCGAUAGUGCGAUUAAUUGAUAAGUUGGUUUUUUUUUUCAUUGAAAACGGAAAUUAGGUAGCACCCAAAAAUUUUGUACAAGACGUGUUACUCUCUGGAGCCACCAAUAAGAUCUGUAGAUAAUGGUGUAAAAUUUCAAAAUCAACUGAUCUCAGAAAAUUAUUUAUGACAUAAUGGAAUGUCGUUGAAACUUCCUAAACCCUCCAAAGCUGUUCGUAAAAUAUCCCUUUCGGGCAAAUUCGGCCUGUAGUUUGUUGGCGAUCCUCUAGCCGCAAAUGUCAAUCAAUUUUAAUAAUAUUAGAUUGAUUGUGUCCUUAAUAAUUUCUAUUUUUUUAAUAUUUUACAAAAUAUUCAUAGUUUGAGACAAGGCCGUGCGAACGGGGGAGGGGGGGGGGGGGUUUAGGGGUUUAACCCCCCCCCCCCCAUGGAGAUUUUUUCCAAGUAAAAUUUUCAACGAAGUAUCGGGAAACUACUUGGUCUUAAACGGUGUUUAAUAAGCGUUAACAAGCAAGUCAGAAAUUUUGCUCGCCUCCGGCGGAAAUAAGUCAGAAAUCACUCUAUGCUAGAGACAUUUAAUUUUAGGAUACAACUAAUGUGACGUUCACGGACUAACUUUUAAUUGUUAAUUUCGAUUUGCAAUUCAAUCAACCUUUUGUAAUUAAACUCUUAACUUGACAUACAAAAAUCCUACCUCGUCUUUAGAAUGGGUUUUUUUUUAAGAAAUGUAACGAAACAAGAUCAGAGUUUGAAAUCUAUCAUUUUCACUUCAAAAUUAAUUCAUCGAAUACUUAUUUUGUACAUCAACAAGUUAAUAACCAUGUAUAAAUGCUCAACAUCACAUACAAAAACGUUUUGAUAACUAAAGAAGGCCACACAAUUUACAUCCUUCCGAGGUUCAAAGAAAGCUUAUUUUGACUGAUUUGUGUGCAAUGAUUUAUACAAUUUUUUUAUCAGCAAUGCUAUUUUUCCAUCAGCGUGCAAAUAUGCAAAUUUUCUAUCAGCUUUUGCUUUUUAAUAACUUUUGAAAAUAUUUUAAAAUAAUUUAAGUAAUUUCUGCAUUUUUUUCACAAAACUUUAAAACAAAAUAAUAUCAUUUAAAAAUAAGAUUCAAAAUCAAUUAUUAAAGUAAUAGAGUUUUCCAUUUUUUUGCUUUUCCCCAUUUUAAAAGAAUUUUUUAACCAAAUUGAAUUUCUGAUAUCUAAAUCUAAUAGUUUUGCCGGUUCUAACAAAUUUAUUGAAAUAAAUUGAUUUUUUUCAAACUUUAUUCAGUAAUGUCAGAAAUUCUGUAAUGAUUUCUUUCCAAAUUUUUGGAAAAUUAUAGAAUUAAACUUUUUUAAAUCAUGCAUCAUAAUUUUUAGAAUAUUAUUCGUUAAUUGAAUAAAAUUGGUAUAGUAAGCAAAUUCAGAAUCACAAUUUUUCUUAACAGUGAAAGGUUGUUAUUUAAUCAGUUAACAAUGAUUGAUUUUACUUGAAACUGAUACAUUUUAAAACUUUUAAGCUCCAUAUCACUAACACUAUAUGUGAUAUUUCCAAAUUUGACACAAGAUUCGAAUUCAGGACGCUUAAAUCUACAAAAUCAAUCAUUUAGCCUAUGAUAGGCACCAAAAUGCCUUACCCAUGAAUCCUUGAGUUGACAAUAAAAUUCUAUUAAUGAGUUUUGUUAAAUGGUCAGACGAGUUUAUUAAAAAAAAAUCCAUCUUAAAUUUUAAAAAAAUUAUCUUUCCAUCUUUACAUUUUGCAGGGUUGCUAGCGAACCGGGAAAACCGGGAAUACCGGGAAAAACUUUGGAAUUUCAUCGCGUCACCGGGAAACCGGGAAAAAACCGGGAAUUUCGGCACCUCAACGGGAAAAUUGCCAUGUUUGAAAUUUUUUCACUGAAUUAGCAAAAUAUUUUUUAAUUUAUAUUUAAUUGUAAGACUAGUUUCGACAGUCUCGAUAUAGAUUGACAUCAUCAACGCUUAUUUCCGUUCAUUAGUUGACAAACGAAGUUACAAUCGCCUUUUUACUAAUUUUGCGGAGCGAAUAAGAGAUAUCUAAUUUUUCCCUCUCCGCAAGCGUGCUCCUUUUACAAGCAGAACUCAAAUGUUAAACAUUUAAAAGCGAAACUCUAAUCAACAAAAUUAAAUACAAAAUGUUUGGUAACUCAAUGAUACCAAGUUUGUACAAUUUUCACCAGUGAGAAGUAAAUUUCUUAGGGCCUUAGUGUUUCUAAUUUCUAGUUUCCGACUACAUACCAGUUUUAGCUUUUGACGUCAAAUGAAUCAGUGUUCAAUUUACAUGUUUUAUAACAUUAUUUUAUGCAAAAAGCAAAUAUUUAAGCAAAGUUACAUUUUUCUGACCAAAGGAAUCUCUUUUUCACCAGAAAAGAUAUUGUUUUUCAUUGUUCUUGUUGGGUAUUUAUAUCAUUUGAAUUGGCCUGAGGAACGAAGCCUUGUAUGUUAUGUUUUGUUUUUCAAUAUAUGUCUAACGUCUUAUGUAAAAAUUGUGUCAAAAACAAGCUCCUAUCGAAAUGUAAGGUCUUUAUGUAGCAUAGCAUAGCAUAGCACACAUCUUGCAUUGGCUGAUACACGAGGUACAACUAAUAAUCAAACCCAACACAAGAUGCCAAAAUAACGGCGUGUUCGUAAACUGAUUUGUUUGGGUGAUGCAUCGAUUUUUUUGGUAGAUGUCAAAAUUUGAUUUAAUCACCUUCCAAUGCUUUUGCAUACAGUUGGUUGAAUUUACGAACGCCAGCAUCGAUAGAAAAAAUCACUUCGAUAGAAAAAAUCUAUUUACGAACACGCCGUAAGUACCUGGAUUCAAUACUUAUUUCAAGUGUUGUUAUUGAGAAUCAGUGUAUACCACAAUGCACACCUUGGCAAGUCAAUGUAAUCAUAUAGGGAUAGUCUGAACAGCUAGAUGAACUUUUCAGGUGCAGAAAACUCAUACGACCCUACAUGUAAAGAUGCUGUUUCAGACAGGAAAGGGAAGGGUUAAUCGUUUUGAUGGAAAUUCCUACUUGACAGAUAGGAUUGAUGAAUAUAGAAAUAUAAUGUUCACAAAUAACAAAUUCAAUAAAUGGAAAGAGCUCACCAAUGCUUUGAGAUGCUGACAACCAUGGGGGAUAAGGAACCUAACAAGCUCCUAUCGAAAUGUAAGGUCUUUAUGUUGAUACAAAAUAAUAUCUGCAUUCAAACCAUAAAGUUCAGUCCUGUCUUAUUCACGAUUUUCUAUAUUUUCACGGAUCUUUAGUUCAAAUGACAAUACUAAAGUUAUUGUUUGUUUUGUUAAAAACAAUUUUUUUUUUCUAAAACAUGUCUUUGAAUUUGUACAAAAAAAAUAUCAGCACUUGGAAAAUAACUAAAUAUUUUCCUGCAAUCUGAUGAUUUUCAAUUUUGUAUGGAAAUCCCUAUUUAAGUUGCAAGCUGAUUUGACGCUAUGGGUCGAUGCAUAUUUUCUACAUUUUUUUAUACUAAUUAUACAUUUUUUUUUCAACAACUCUAUACCAAUUCUAGAAAAACUGAAAUUCUGGCACUGUUGCUCAAAAAACCAUAUUUUAUUUUGGAAGUUGAACACUAAUAGAUGCCAAUUUCGUUGCAUUCGAUCCAAAAAUUUAUGAAAACCUGUUAAUUUGAUACGAAACGACAACAUGUUAAAAUACGUCGAAAGUUUUUUCUCGAUUUCUUAUUGGUUAAUAAGUUUUGAAAAACACUUGAUAAAAAAUUGAGUAUAAUAAAUACGAGUAUAAUAAAUACGGGAAAAUCAUAAUUUUUAACCGGGAAAAAGCCGGUGGAAAACCGGGAAAAACUUUGGAAUUUAAAAACGAAAAUUCGCUAGCAACCCUGAUUUUGUUUUCAUUUUCAAAUAAAUUUACAAAAUUUUUAAGUCAAACUAUUUCAUUUUAUGAAAUAUUUCAUUUGAAAGCGACAAAAUAUUUAGGGUUUGAAAUUGUAAGCUUCAAAACCUGCGGUUGAAAAUUAAUAAACGUUUUACUAUAUAAAAUCAUUGUUUUUUAAUCGAUCUCGAUUUUUAAUUAUGAU